AGAGACCAUCUCGCGGAGUCGCGCAUGCAGGAAAGAAAAGAAAAGAAGCCUCCAGAGUGAUCAUGACGCAGUUUUAGAGGAACACGGAGAUCUUUCUGUCCGGGACAUUUUUUUUAUUUCGAGAAACCUUUAGUUUAACAACUUUUCCUCUCCGCGUACACGAGCCGCCGCGCACCGGUGUGAUGCCCGCGGGGAUGUUCAGCAUCGACAGUAUCCUGUCCGGCCGGCCGAGCUGCAAGGAGCCGCUGCUGCUGCACCGGAGCGGCCCGGUGGUGCUCUCCGCCGGCCUCACGGACUCUAUCUAUACCGACUACAACGGACUGUACUCGGCCACGUGCGGGCCGUCUCCACCCGGGAUUCAGUCUGUGAACGGGACCCGGAUUGGAUAUAACGGCUACUACUACGGACAGCUGCACGUCCAGAGCCCCGGAGGAGGUCCGCCGUGCUGCGGCUCAGUGCCCGGUCUCAGCCCGCAGCAGUGCCCCUGCAUCCCUGCAGGCUACGACAGCCCGGGCUCGGUGCUGCUCUCCCCGGUCCCGCAUCAGAUGAUGUCCUACAUGAACAUGGGCAGCCUGUCGCGGACCGAGCUGCAGCUCCUCAACCAGCUGCACUGCCGCAGGAAGCGGAGGCACCGAACCAUCUUCACCGACGAGCAGCUCGAGGCUCUGGAGGGCCUCUUCCAGGAGACCAAGUACCCGGACGUCGGCACGCGGGAGCAGCUGGCCCGAAAGGUCCACCUCCGGGAGGAGAAGGUCGAGGUUUGGUUCAAAAACAGACGCGCGAAGUGGAGGAGGCAGAAACGCUCUUCAUCAGAGGAAUCUGAAAACUCUCAGAAAUGGAACAAAGCGACCAAAACGUCCGCGGAGAAAACCGACGAGAGUAAAAGCGACGUGGACUCGGACAGCUGAUAAAAACAGCUCAGUCUGUGUGUACAUACAUAGAGUGGACUCGACGACAUGCUGGUGGUGGUGUGAUGAUGAAGAAGUGUUGCCAUGUUGCACAGUUGUACAUAUCUACAUUUUAUUAAAGGUUCUGUGUGCGCUAUUUAUAUUUAAUUUAAGUUUGUGAUGUUACGCAGGCCCGGGGGCACGUGACUCCCGCAGGUCUGACAUGACGUGUCUGAAUAUAUUGUAAUGUUUGACAUUGUUAAGGGAUAUUAAAUGUUGUAAUUCUGCUAUUUCUCCGUUGUAACAUUAUUCUUUAUGUGGCUCAGCAGCUGCAGAUUAAACACAUAUAGGAGCUGCUGAGCGCUGCAGCUUUUAAAGAGCUUA